UACAGUGAACGCACCAUUAAGGUCACAACAAUGGUCGACAGCUUGGUUGUGCGUACAUGUUCUUGCAUACGGGAAAGCUUUAAAUGCAUGUGUUUACACAGCUCUAAAUUAUCAGGUCAUAACUGCAGUGACUUUACAGGCGUCGUCGUUCUCUCAAAAUAAAACGUGGUUUCGUUAAGCGACCGCAGUGUCCGUGUCGCAGCUGCUGAGCUAGCUAGCAAUGCUAACGCUAGCGCGGCAACUUUGAUGGCUUUUCUCAUGAUGCGUUUUAACACUGCAGCCGUACAAAACAAAACGUCGAUAUACGAGAAGCGCUGAAACGCGGUCGAUACCGGGGACGCCGUCUUCAGCGGCGCUUUCAUAAUAACACACGAGCGUCUAAACAAGGCCGUUUUUCAAAAUAAAAGUCUCUGUCGCAGAAAUGGCCUCGUUUGGCUGGAAGAGGAAGAUUGGCGAGAAGGUGUCCAGGUCAGCGGCUCAGCAGUUUGAGGCCGAGGAGGAGAGAAGUGAAGGCGACAGCGAGGCAGCUGGGGAUGAGGAGGUGGACUGGCUGCACGCCAUCAAGCGGAGGAAGGAGAUCCUGCUGGAGGACUGCGCUGCGAAGAGCAGGAGGCUGAAAGAGGAGGGGGCCCGGCUGGCGGAGGAGGGCAGGCACUGGGAGGCCCUAAAGAAGUGGGAUGAGGCUAUUCAGCUGACUCCAGACAACUCGCUGCUGUACGAAAUGAAAUCUCAGGUGCUGACCAUCCUGCACGAAGUGUUCCCAGCUGUGAAAGCAGCCGAGCUGGCCGUGAAGUUCAAGCCGCUGUUCUGGGAGGGCUGGCAGACUCUGGGCCGGGCGCAGCUCAACCUGGGAGAGGUGGACCUGGCCGUGAGGUCCUUCCAGAUCGCCGUCCACCUGUGCCCCUCGGAGCGCAGCCUGUGGCAGGACGACUUGACCUGGGCACGCACCUUACAGAAGCAGCAGCUGGCCACCAAAGAGAAGGCGAGACGAGAGGAGGAGGCCAAAGAGCGGAUCCUCAACGCCCCUGAGCUGGAGCAGGACUACGACUUUGAGUCCGACGAGGUCCUAGCGGCCUGCGUGGCCGUCGCCGAGAGACAGACGCAGUACGAGGAGCUGAGGAGGACCACCGUGGUCAUAGACGGCGAGGGGAAUGUACAAAAUGUAGUGAGCGGGGGGGAAGAGGGUUCACAGAGCACAGAGACGCCAGCCAAGGAGCAGUUUGUUAAAGCAAGAGGACUCUGAACCUCCCUCACGUUGAACUGAUUAUCCUGUGCAAAGCGUAACCCUAACAUUAGAGGAAAACAUCACUUUGUAUCUAACCAGUCCAUCCCUUCACCAUCAGCUACAGUAAGAUG